AUGGCAGUUUCGCUACUAGAAUGCCUCCCUGAUCGAUUCGAAAUUGUGUCAUAUGCGAACGAGUUUGCUUUCCUCCAGGAUGACGCCACAGAUAUUUUGAGCCAGCACGAGGUAGACGAAUAUCUGCCAUAUCGUUCUAAAAAUAUCGGCCAUAUGUUUUGGCACGCUCUUGUUAUAUUCGGUUGCGCCAUUACCAUCACAGAAGAAGAGACGAGCAUAUGCGCGGAGCUUGUGCUACCUGCUGUGAUCGCAGCAAGCUUAACCAAUGACCUAUUCUCCUACGAGAAAGAAUACGAAGCCGCCCAAGCUGCAGGGCUUCCUAUCGUCGUCAACGCUCUGUGGAUACUUAUGGGCGAGCAUAAUAUUUCGCUAGAAGAUGCCAAGGCCAGGUGCCGGAUGCGCAUCAAAGAGGAAGUAGUAAAGUAUACAUGCAUAGUAAGGGAGACGAUGUCAAGGGACGACCUUUCUAGCGAUGUGAAAAGAUACAUCGAACUCAUGCAGUACACUAUAAGCGGGAAUGUCGUAUGGAGUAUGCAGUGUCCUAGAUACCACAAGAACAUUCAGUACAAUGAGCGACAGAUAUUGCGGGAGAAGGAUGGUGUUGCAAAGCACCCUAUAACGUACCAGUAUGUCGGCCAGAAUAAACGUACAAGCUGUCGUUCAGAGCAUACGUCCAUUUCAAGUAAGAAGGUGAGGACGAAUGGAUAUCCUAAUUUGUCGGAUAAGGAGACUAGGCAAAGUGCGUUACCAAUAGACCCAACAGACAGCCAACGCCAGAGUUCCGAUGAGGAUAACGACUGGAAUAUUCUCCACCUGACGCGCAGUACUGAGUUACCUAAAUUAGGAGAAGCAUUUGUACUCGAGCCUUUUCUCUAUGUCAGUUCGCUACCAUCGAAAGGUGUUCGAGAUAUGGCAAUCGACGGUAUCAAUCACUGGCUAGGAGUUUCACCAGAGUCCACCGCCGUCAUUCGAGGCGUGAUCAAGACAAUUCAUAACAGCUCUAUCAUGCUGGACGACUUACAAGAUGGAUCUAAACUGAGACGUGGAAGUCCUUCAACUCACAUGAUAUUUGGCGAGGCGCAAACGAUUAAUUCUGCGACGUUUCAAUACGUGCAAGCUAUCACAGAGCUUCGUAGGCUGAAGAAUCCACUCUGUCUGGAUAUUUUUAUCGAAGAAAUGCAUCAUUUAUUCGUGGGUCAGGGGUUCGACCUUUAUUGGACUAAUGAGAUGCAAUGCCCUUCGGUAGUAGAAUACUUGCAGAUGGUCGACGGAAAAACGGGAGGGCUUUUCCGUUUAUUGGCACGGUUGAUGACCGCCGAAUCUCUACACGUCGACCAAGCGGUUAUCGAUCCACUAUGCCGGUUGCUAGGACGCUACUUUCAGAUCCGCGACGACUAUCAAAAUCUUGUCUCGGAAGAAUAUACGACGCAGAAAGGAUUCUGCGAAGACCUCGACGAAGGUAAAUUCUCUCUACCUCUUAUUCACGCCUUGGCGCACACGGACAAGGCUCUGCAGCUCAGAGGUCUUCUAAAUCAGCGCCGCCGAAAUGGACAAUGCACUAUAGAGCAGAAACACCUUAUUCUGACACACAUGCGCGAAGCUGGUAGUCUAAGGUAUGUGUUCCGCGUAUUAGAGGCAUUGCACACUGAGUUAGAGGCCGAGGUAGGGAGGCUUGAGAGUGUCUUUGGCAAGGUGAACCACGAGAUUCGCCUGAUGUUGGCGAUGCUCAAAGUGUGA